GAAAAGUAUAAAAAAAUAACAAGCCACUCUUCACCGGUAGAAAAAAAUUGCAACAGUUGCCUUCUUCCGAUGUCCAGCGCCUUCCAUAUUUAUAUUCCCUCCAGAUCACGAACUCAUUCACCAAUUCUCUUGAGUACUACAGAACCAAGUAGUUAUUUCCUCAUGCACUCCCAUUCUGUUCUUCGUUUGUAAAGUGAAGGUCUACAUAGCACCGAUACUUGCUCUCUGUCUCUCUCCCUUCAAAAAUGGUUUUAGCAGCAGGCCUGGGCGGGGAAGAUGGCGCACAUAAUGAUCCUGCAGUAGACUUUCGAGGAAUUCCUGUGGACAAGUCCAGAACUGGAGGAUGGCUUGCUGCGGGGCUCAUUCUGGUAACCGAGCUUUCGGAGAGAAUAUGUGUCAUGGGCAUAUCAAUGAACUUAGUGACAUACCUCGUCGGAGUAUUGCAUAUUUCAUCGGCAAAAUCUGCAAACAUGGUCACCAACUUCAUGGGUACUCUCAACCUUCUUGGCCUCUUUGGGGGUUUCUUGGCAGAUGCUAAGCUCGGUCGGUACUUGACAGUUGCGAUCUUCGCAAUAGUAACUGCUUUGGUAAGUUUCGAGGGGGUCAGUCUACUAACAGUAGCCACAACCAUUCCUAGCAUGAGACCCCCGCCAUGCGAUGACUACAGGAAACAGAAUCAUCAGUGCAUCGAGGUGAAAGGAAAUCAACUGGUUCUCCUAUAUGCAGCGCUUUAUACAGUAGCCCUUGGUGGUGGUGGAAUUAAGUCCAAUGUCUCGGGUUUUGGAUCUGAUCAGUUCGAUCAAACAGAUCCCAAGGAGGAGAAGACAAUGAUUUUCUUCUUCAAUCGGUUUUAUUUUUGCAUUAGCAUGGGGUCAUUGUUUGCAGUUAUAGUGCUGGUAUAUGUACAAGAUAACGUCGGAAGAGGGUGGGGGUAUGGAAUUUCAGCAGGGACAAUGGUGAUCGCAGUAGCACUGUUGAUCUGUGGUACUCCACGGUACCGUUUCAAGAAGCCUCAAGGUAGCCCAUUAACUAUCAUAUGGAGGGUAUCGUUACUGGCAUGGAAGAAAAGGAAACAUCCUUAUCCUUCACAUCCCAGCCUUCUGAAUGAGUAUGAUAGUGCCACAGUUCCCUACUCAGAGAAACUCAAGUGUCUUGACAAGGCUGCGAUCAUAGAUGAUCCCACCUCCAUCGGUGCGGGAAAAAAUGACCCUUGGAUAGUAUCAACUGUUAUGGAAGUUGAGGAGGUGAAGAUGGUGCUAAAGCUCAUCCCAAUUUGGUCUACAUGUAUCCUCUUUUGGACAGUUUACUCUCAAAUGAUUACUUUCACUAUUGAGCAAGCAACCUUCAUGGAUCGAAAAGUUGGCUCUUUGGUUAUUCCUUCAGGUUCAUACUCCACCUUUCUCUUCAUCACCAUUCUCCUCUUUACAUCCCUAAAUGAAAGACUCUUCGUUCCCCUGGCUCGAAAGCUUACCCACAAUGCACAGGGGCUGACAAGCCUCCAAAGGAUUGGAGCUGGACUCUUUCUUUCAAUACUAGCCAUGGUGGCUGCUGCUAGCAUUGAAAAAGAAAGAAGGGAAACUGCUAUUCAACAAUCUAUAAAGAUAAGCGCCUUCUGGCUAGUCCCUCAAUACUUCCUAGUGGGUGCCGGGGAGGCUUUCGUCUAUGUUGGACAGCUUGAGUUUUUCAUCAGAGAGGCGCCAGCAAGGAUGAAAUCAAUGAGCACUGGGCUUUUCCUCAGCACCAUCUCAAUGGGUUUCUUUGUUAGCAGUUUGCUGGUGUCUUUAGUUGACAAAGCUACCAAGAAAAUCUGGCUGAGGAACAACUUGAACAAGGGGAGGUUGAAUAACUUCUAUUGGUUACUAGCAGUGCUAGGAGGGUUGAACUUCUUCGUUUUCCUAGCAUUUGCAAGGGGACAUCAGUACAAAGUCCAGCACUAUAUCAAGCCCAAAAACUGUAACGAGAAAGGGUUUAAACCUGCAGGUGAUUUGACUGCUUUAGAGAUGGUGAAGGAGGAGGUAAUGAUUUAACUGUCAUGAACAUGCUCAAGGAAAAGGACAUCAAUAAAUAGGAAGCACCCUAGUGAGAAAGGGUUUAGAACUGCAGAUGAUUUGACUGCUUUAAAGAUGGUGAAGGAGGAAGGAAUGAUUUAACUGCCAUAAACAUGCUCAAGGCAAAGAACAUCAAUAAAUAGGAAGGACCCUAGUCUACAGCUCUUCAAGGCCUUCCUAAUGUUCUAAGAUUUUCAGACGUACUGAAAGUUUAUACUCAAUUUUCAGACGUACUGAAAGUUGAGCUACUUAAGACGCCAUGUUGUGUGCCUAUUCUGUGUAUGGUAAUGCACAAUUUUCAGGUUCUUAUUUUAGAACCAAGUAUUUAUUACACAAGCACCAGUUAAACUA